GGUGAAAUUCAGAAUGUUGCACAUUAUAGCAAUGGUGGUGGCAUUGUUGAUGAUGAGUGUUGGUGGACAAAGAGAGUACAAAUCAGCUGUUGGUGAUCCCGGGAUGAAACGAGACGGCCUGAGAGUCGCCAUUGAAGCGUGGAAUCAAUGCAAUGAAGUUCAUGAAGAAGCUCCCAACAUGGGCAGCCCUAGACAGGCCGAUUGCUUCGAUCUCGUCCGUCCAUCUCAAUCACAAUAUAAAUUAGCUCACAAGGUGAGGAGGAAGGAGAACAAGCUAGGAGUGAAACAAGCUACAAUAGAUGGAAUGGAAGUAAUAGAUAGCAACAAAUUUGCAGCAUGGAAAGAGUUAUUAUUAGCUGAGAAAUGCAAAGUGAGAGACCAUCCAAGGCCAUGGCAUUUUUGGAUGGUCAUGCUCAAGAGUGGCAACAUGGACACUGAAGCAGCUAUCUGCCCCAAGGAUGGCACAAAAUCCUCGCCCUUCGCCCCCGAGCCUCGCUUCCCCUGCUUCGGGGAGGGGUGCAUGAACAUGCCAUCCAUCCACCACCGCUACACGCGCCUCACUGGGAAGAGGAAUCGGACUAUGCAUAUGAACGGAGGAUUUUUCGGGACGUGGGAUUUGGAUGCAGACAUGGCCACAGCUGCUGUUAAGGAAAAUGUGUCAUACUAUUCUAUCACUUGGGAGAAGAGUGUUGGGAAAGGAGGUUGGGUUUUCAAACAUGUGUUGAAAACAUCACCAAAGUAUCCAUGGCUCAUGCUUUAUUUGAGAUCAGAUGCUACAAGAGGCUUCUCUGGUGGCUACCAUUAUCAAACUAGAGGAAUGACUAAGAUUGUUCCAAGAUCACCCCAUUUCAAAGUGAGGUUUACACUAGACAUUGGGCAAGGGGGAGGAAACCAGAGCCAGUUCUACCUCAUGGACAUCGGCGGGUGCUGGAAGAACGACGGGAGGGCGUGCGACGGGAAUGUAACGAGUGAUGUGACUCGUUAUAGCGAGAUGAUCAUAAACCCGAGCAUUGUGGCUUGGUGCACCCCGCACAAUCUUAGCCUGUGCCCACCUUAUCACACCUUCUCCAACGGGAGCCGAGUGCACCGCACUGAUGAGGCGCGUUUCCCCUAUGACGCGUACCAUGUCUACUGCUCCCCGGGCAAUGCCAAGCACCUCGAGGCGCCUUACAACUUGUGUGAUGCAUACAGCAACCCACAGCCUCAGGAAAUCCUGCAAAUUCUGCCUCACCCUGUUUGGGGAGAGUAUGGGUAUCCAACCAAGAAAGGAGAGGGUUGGAUUGGAGAUUCAAGGACUUGGGAGCUUGAUGUUGGAAGACUCUCUCACUCACUUUACUUCUAUCAGGAUCCGGGGACCGAGCCUGUGGUUCGGCAUUGGCCAUCCGUGGAUGUUGGGACUGAGAUUUAUGUGAGUGGGAAUGAAAUUGCAAAAUGGAGCCUUAGCAACUUUGAUAUUCUUGUGCCAAAAUGAUGCCAAUCUCCUCAAGUGUAUAGUUAGGUUGUGCACAAUUUGAAUGAUUUUCUACGUAGUAGAUUUGGCAUCAUUUUCUAAGAGAUUAUUGAUUUAGUAAGUUGAGAAAGUGAGCAAGAGUUUUUUUCACUUUAUGUUGCAAUAAAAUCA